GCUGGAAACAGAUAAACACUUCAGAGAAAAGCUCCAGAAAGCAGACAUAGAGGAAAUAAAGAUAUAGGCAUGGACCACCAAGCUCUUCUAAAACAAUUUGAUCACCUAAACCACCUGAAUCCUGACAAGUUUGAAUCCACAGAUUUAGAUAUGCUAAUCAAAGCGGCAACAAGUGAUCUGGAACACUAUGACAAGACUCGACAUGAAGAAUUUAAAAAAUAUGAAAUGAUGAAGGAACAUGAAAGGAGAGAAUAUUUAAAAACAUUGAAUGAAGAAAAGAGAAAAGAAGAAGAGUCUAAAUUUGAAGAAAUGAAGAAAAAGCAUGAAAAUCACCCUAAAGUUAAUCAUCCAGGAAGCAAAGAUCAACUAAAAGAGGUAUGGGAAGAGACUGAUGGAUUGGAUCCUAAUGACUUUGACCCCAAGACAUUUUUCAAAUUACAUGAUGUUAAUAGUGAUGGAUUCCUGGAUGAACAAGAAUUAGAAGCCCUAUUUACUAAAGAGUUGGAGAAAGUAUAUGACCCUAAAAAUGAAGAGGAUGAUAUGGUAGAAAUGGAAGAAGAAAGGCUUAGAAUGAGGGAACAUGUAAUGAAUGAGGUUGAUACUAACAAAGACAGAUUGGUGACUCUGGAGGAGUUUUUGAAAGCCACAGAAAAAAAAGAAUUCUUGGAGCCGGAUAGCUGGGAGACAUUAGAUCAGCAACAGUUCUUCACAGAGGAAGAACUAAAAGAAUAUGAAAAUAUUAUUGCUUUACAAGAAAAUGAACUUAAGAAGAAGGCAGAUGAGCUUCAGAAACAAAAAGAAGAGCUACAACGUCAGCAUGAUCAACUGGAGGCUCAGAAGCUGGAAUAUCAUCAGGUCAUACAGCAGAUGGAACAAAAAAAAUUACAACAAGGAAUUCCUCCAUCAGGGCCAGCUGGAGAAUUGAAGUUUGAGCCACACAUUUAAAGUCUGAAGUCCACCAGAGCUCGGAAGAAAGCUGUUAACUCAACAUCUAUUUCAUCUUUUUAGCUCCCUUCCUUUUUCUCUGCUCAAUAAAUAUUUUAAAAGCAUAUUUGAAAUAAAGGAAGAUACUUUUUAAA